GAGGCACGUCACUUCCUGUUUCUUUAGGGGAACGUGGCUUUCCCCGCAGUGCCUCUCCUUCCAUCUGCCUUCGUGCUGCGGCGGCCGGAGCUGGAGUAGGAGCCUGAGCACAGCCUCGCCAUGGAUUCGGCCCUCAGCGACCCGCACAACGGCAGCGCCGAGGCAGGCAGCACGACCAACGGCACGACGCGGCCGCCCUCUACGCCCGAAGGCAUCGCGCUGGCCUAUGGCAGUCUCCUGCUCAUGGCGCUGCUGCCCAUCUUCUUCGGUGCCCUGCGCUCAGUGCGCUGCGCCCGCGGCAAGAGCUCUUCGGACAUGCCAGAAACCAUCACCAGCCGAGACGCCGCCCGCUUCCCGAUCAUCGCCAGCUGCACUCUCUUGGGACUCUACCUCUUUUUCAAAAUCUUCUCCCAGGAGUACAUCAAUCUCUUGCUGUCCAUGUAUUUCUUCGUGCUGGGGAUCCUGGCCCUGUCCCACACCAUCAGCCCCUUCAUGAAUAAGUUUUUUCCAGCCAACUUCCCAAAUCGCCAGUAUCAGCUGCUCUUCACACAGGGCUCUGGGGAAAACAAGGAAGAGAUCAUCAACUAUGAGUUUGACACCAAGGACCUGGUGUGCCUGGGCCUAAGCAGCAUCGUUGGUGUCUGGUACCUGCUGAGGAAGCACUGGAUUGCCAACAACCUGUUUGGCCUGGCCUUCUCCCUUAAUGGGGUAGAGCUUCUGCACCUGAACAACGUGAGCACUGGCUGCAUCCUGCUUGGCGGACUCUUCAUCUAUGACAUCUUCUGGGUAUUCGGCACCAACGUGAUGGUGACUGUGGCCAAGUCCUUUGAGGCACCAAUAAAAUUGGUGUUCCCCCAGGAUCUGCUGGAGAAGGGCCUUGAAGCUGACAACUUUGCCAUGCUGGGACUUGGAGACAUUGUCAUUCCAGGGAUCUUCAUUGCCUUGCUGCUUCGUUUUGACAUCAGCUUGAAGAAGAACACCCACACCUACUUCUACACCAGCUUCACUGCCUACAUCUUUGGCCUGGGCCUCACUAUCUUCAUCAUGCACAUCUUCAAACAUGCCCAGCCGGCUCUCUUGUACUUGGUCCCUGCAUGUAUCGGCUUUCCUGUCCUGGUGGCACUGGCCAAGGGAGAAGUGGCAGAAAUGUUCAGCUACGAGUCCUCGGCCGUAAUCCUGCCUCAUACACCGAGGCUCACUCACUUUCCCACAGUCUCGGGCUCCCCUGCCAGCCUGGCCGACUCCAUGCAGCAGAAGCUAGCUGGCCCUCGUCGCCGGCGCCCACAGAAUCCCAGCGCUAUCUACGAGGAGUCAAACCCUAAAGAUCCGGCAGUCGCGACUGAAUCCAAAGAGGGGUCAGCAGAGGCGCCAGCAGUGAAGAAUCUAGAGAAGAAGGAGAAAUGAGGCAGCACUGCCUGACCUUUGAGGGCCAGACCACACAGGCAGGGGAUGACACAGACAGAGGACACCGGCAGGAGGCGAAGGUGGCUCCAGGACGGGGAGCAGGCCUCUGCCGCCUGCUUCCCUCUCCCCUUUCUCUGGCUUCCCCUGCUCCUUCUCAUCCUCUGCAGGCAAAGCAAACCCGCUGCUGCUUCUUUUCCCAGGAGCCAGGUGGGAACUGAAUGUGGCUUUUGGAUUUUUGUAUUGUGGACUGACUUUGCCUCACAUUAAACACUCAUCCAUGGCCACCCGG